AUGCAAUUCAAGGAAGGUGACAACGGUGAACAUGUCAGUGCACUCCAGAAUAUUGGGAAGACUCGAUUUGGCACCCACUGGUCUGGUGCCUAUUUACUUGAGAUGAGUUUACCUCAAGUUCGGCACCUGGUGCAAUCUGGCACCAUCAAAUUGAAGCACAAGAAAGUCCAGAACUUAUUUGCCUAUUGGGUGUCCAAAGAUUACCACCGGCUCGAACUUGGGCUGCUACAAUACAUCAUGAUCAUCCAGCCCCUGAUCCGGUCCCUUUGGGCACUUAAAUCAAUGCAGGCCAAUGCUUCUGAUGUGUAUGUAUUCUACCUAGCGAUGGGUGCCGCGCUGCGCGAGCUCUUCAAUCUUGGACAGCAGAAGACAGGCAUUAUACUGGAGCUUGCCGAGGAAGUCAUGGGCAUAAUCAACGAGUGCUUUGACACCUUCUUUGAAGACUGCAAGGACUUCCAUGUCACAGCUUUCACAUUGGAUCCUCAUUUGUGCCUUUUUCCUGAUUCAACUGAGUGGAUUCUCAUGUCACAUUUAUUUUUGGUGACAGGAUACCCAUGGUCAGACUUCUUGAUCAACUCUGCAGCUGCCAAUCCUGUCAUUGUGAUUUCCGAAUGGGGAUCUGACCUCAACAUUCCGCAUCCUUGUCUAUUCAACCACAUGAAAGCAUUCCUUUGGGAUGAGAUGUUCAAGCCAAUGGUGGAGCGUAUGGAUACCCAUCUAGAAGGCACACACCCUGUACUCAAAAGGCUCGGUGGUGCCAUGGCCAUCACAAAAUUCUGGUUGCAGCUUGAUGCAUAUUGGCAGGAGAAGGCCCCCUUUGACAGGGCCAAGCCCAUCCAAGAUGGCGAUGUUCUGGGCUGGUGGUGGCAAUUCACAAAUGAUCCAGAAGCGGUUGUUCUUGCGAUGCUUGCCGAGAGAGUCUUCUCCAUUCUCGUGAACUCAAUGCUGGAUGAGUGGACCGGUUCAAGAUUCACUUGGUUCAAUUCGGCGCUGCGGGGAUGCCAGUGCACACAGUUGCUCAUGGAUAUGACUAUCAUUGGACAGUGGUAUAGCACCCAGGCGACCAAAGACAAAGUGCCAAAAAAGCGCCUGACAGUCAAGUUCUGUGAUCUUGAAGACGAUCUCAAGGCUGCCGUCUCUCGUUCAUCACCUGAGGGCACCGCUGACAUGGCGGACACUGCCACCUUGGAUGGCUCCGAUUCUGACGACGACUCAGACGACUCAGACGACGAUACGGAUGGCCAACAGAGAGGACCCCCGUGCUGGGAUUCUGCACUCAAUAUUGUGCAGGAGUUCGCAAUCCGUGAGGAGGCCUUCGUGGAUCUGCUAUCUGAUACUCCUAGGUACACUGCCACGAGCCCCCCCCCCCCCCCCCCCCCCCCUGAAGCUCCCCCUUCCAUUCCCAGCUCCGAGAUUGACUGGAGCUGGUGA